AUGAUGCCCGCCCAGCGCGCGGCAUCAAGCUUGGCCCGAUCAAACCUACAGUCACAACUCCGUCUCCUCUCCCACCAACGACCAAAUGGCGUCUGCCUCAGCGCAUUACACCUGCAGCGACACCACCUCAGCUCCCUAACGAGCCAGCACCUCCCCCGCGCUCUCCGCCGCAGCCUCCAACGACCCACUACCAAGCUCAUCCAACUCCGCCUUGCAGUCACCGAUGCGAAGGAUGGCAAGACGGUCCAUGUUCGGCGUUCGCGCAUCUAUCACUUCUUCCUCCGCAUGUUGGCCUCCCUUGGUCUCUUCAUCAUCAUCAGUGGCGCCAUUGUCAUUGCCUUCUUCAUCUACGACGCCACAACCUACCGCGAGGACCCGGAAUCCUUCGACCUGCCCGUAUCGGAGUAUGCGCUGAAUCCACGACGUGGAGGACCGAAGAACUUGCCAAUAGCCGAGCACUUCAUUAGCGACGAUGAGCCGGAGUUCAAGGGUCAGAAGCAUAAGCCGAAGUUGGUGAUAUUGGGCACGGGCUGGGCCAGCGUGGCCCUGUUAAAGCAGCUGCAUCCGGGCGAGUACCAUGUCACGAUGGUCAGCCCGAGCAACCAUUUCUUGUUCACACCCAUGCUGCCUAGUGCUACGGUCGGCACUCUGGAGUUCCGCAGUCUCGUCGAGCCCAUCCGGAAAAUCGUGAGAAAAGCCAAAGGCCACUUCCUCAAAGCCAGCGCGGUCGAUGUCGAGUUCAGCGAGAAGCUUGUCGAAGUCCAGUCGCAAGGGCCUAAUGGCGAAGUCGAGAACUUUUACAUUCCAUACGAUAAAUUGAUCAUCGGCGUCGGCUCGAUCACCAAUCCCCAUGGUGUGAAAGGCUUGGAGCAUUGCCACUUCCUGAAAGAUAUCACUGACGCUCGCCUCAUCCGCAACCAGGUCAUUCGCAACCUCGAGACAGCAUGCCUACCGACUACGCCUGACGAAGAGCGACGGCGUCUAUUGUCAUUCGUCGUCUCCGGUGGUGGGCCAACGGGUGUUGAAUUCGCCGCCGAACUCUACGACAUGCUCAACGAAGAUAUGUGCAAAUUCUACCCUCGCAUUCUGAGGAACGAAAUCAGUGUACACGUCAUUCAAUCUCGUGGUCACAUCCUCAACACCUACGACGAAGCCCUAAGCAGAUACGCUGAAACUCGCUUCGCUCACGACAUGGUCGAUAUUCAAACUAAUGCUCGGGUUAAGGAAGUCCAGGCCGACCGCAUCCUUUUCACGCAAAAGGACGACGAAAGCGGCAAGAUUGUCACCAAAGAACUUCCUAUGGGUUUCUGUCUCUGGUCAACGGGAGUCAGUCAGACUGAGUUUUGUCAAAAGCUCGCAGCAAAACUCGGAUCCAAGAAUCAGAAUAAUCGCCACGCGCUGGAAACAGAUACCCAUCUCCGCCUCGUUGGUACACCACUGGGAGACGUCUACGCUAUUGGCGACUGCAGUACCGUUCAGAACAAUGUCAGCGACCACAUCACCACCUUCCUCCGCACGCUCGCAUGGGAGAAGGGCAAGGAUCCGGACAAGAUGCUGAUUACGUACACCGACUGGCGCAACGUGGCGAAACGAGUCAAGUCUCGCUUCCCGCAGGCCGCUGACCAUCUACGCCGGCUCGACAAGCUCUUCGAGCAAUACGACAAGGACCGGUCAGGCACUCUCGACUUCGGCGAGCUCUCCGAGUUGCUGCGCCAAAUUGAUAGCAAGCUUACUUCGCUGCCCGCGACCGCCCAGCGAGCGAACCAGCAGGGCAUGUAUCUCGGACGGAAGCUCAACAAGAUCGCGCACGCGGCUCCCGGCCUCAAGAUCAACGAGAUCUCUGACGGCGACAUUGAUGAAGCGGUGUACAAAGCUUUCGAGUACAAGCACAUGGGUAGUUUGGCUUACAUCGGAAACGCGGCGAUCUUUGACUUUGGCGGUAUGAACUUCGGCGGUGGGCUACUGGCAGUAUAUCUGUGGCGAAGCGUGUACUUUACACAGAGUGUGAGUUUGCGGACGCGCAUGCUGUUGGCUAUGGAUUGGGGCAAGAGGGCUUUGUUCGGGCGAGAUAUGAUGAACUACUGA